AUGCCGCGGGAUGGGAUCAGCAGUGUGAAUCAGCUGGGGGGCCUUUUUGUGAAUGGCCGGCCCCUGCCCCUGGAUACCCGGCAGCAGAUUGUGCGGCUGGCAGUCAGCGGGAUGCGGCCCUGUGACAUCUCACGGAGCCUUAAGGUAUCUAAUGGCUGUGUGAGCAAGAUCCUAGCACGUUACUACCGCACAGGUGUCUUGGAGCCCAAAGGGAUUGGGGGAAGCAAGCCACGUCUGGCCACACCCCCUGUGGUGGCUCGAAUUGCCCAGCUAAAGGGUGAGUGCCCUGCCCUCUUUGCUUGGGAGAUCCAACGCCAGCUCUGUGCUGAAGGACUCUGCACCCAGGACAAGACUCCCAGUGUCUCCUCCAUCAAUCGAGUCCUGCGGGCACUACAGGAGGACCAGAGACUGCCCUGGGCACAGCUCAGGUCUCCAGCUGUUUUAACUCCAGUUCCUCACACGCCCCAUAGUGGCUCUGAGACUCCCCGGGGUCCCCACCCAGGGACUGGCCACCGGAAUCGGACUAUCUUCUCCCCAGGCCAAGCCGAGGCGCUGGAGAAAGAGUUCCAGCGUGGCCAGUAUCCUGAUUCGGUGGCCCGUGGGAAGCUGGCUGCUGCCACCUCUCUGCCUGAGGACACGGUGAGGGUCUGGUUUUCCAACCGAAGAGCCAAAUGGCGCCGACAAGAGAAGCUCAAGUGGGAGAUGCAGAUUUCAGGUGCUUCCCAGGAUCUGACUCUCCCGAGUGCCUCCCCAGGGACCACCUUUGCACAGCAGUCCCCUGGCAGUGUGCCCACAGCAGUCCCACCUGCCCUGGAAUCCUUGGGUCCCUCCUGCUAUCAGCUGUACUGGGAGACAUCACCAGACAGGUGUCUGAGGGACACCCCACCCCAAGCCUCUCUGAAGCCAUGCUGGGGUUACCUGCCUCCUCAGCCGAGAUCCCUGGAUUCAGUACUGCUCUGCCACCCUUGCCCUUCCUUCCAUUGCCUCCAUUACCAGUCUUGGUGCCCCUUAGACCUUGCUCUGGCACAGCCCCCCACCCCUGCAAAGCCUGGCAUGAGGGAGGAGGGUCAGGCUGGGAAGGAGAUAGGGUGA